AUGUCUAAAGCUGUCGUUAAGACGACCUUCGAGGCGUCUCGGACUUUGCGUCCCAUAUACACCGGAGGAAGUACUGCGCUAGAUGCCAGUGGACGUUUGCUAGUAGCUUGUGUGGGCGAAGAUGCUCUCAUUGUAGAUCUUGAGACUGGUGAUCAGCUCGCAAGCUUGGAAGGAGAUGGAGAGAUUAUCACCAGCUUGGCUAUCACGCCAUCCGCUUCACAUGUGGUCGUUUGCUCGCGAUCAAUGUCUAUGCGCAUUUAUUCGUUGACUCCCUUCGAAGAUUCUUCACGGACCCUCGACGCGAAGCUUGUGCGAAGCCUUAAGCCCCAUACUGCACCCGUUGUGACAACCGCUAUCGACCAGACUAGCACUCUUCUGGCAACCGGUGCUUCUGAUGGCUCAAUCAAGGUCUGGGACAUUCGAGGUGGUUAUGUUACGCACACUUUCCAUGGCCAUGCUGGUGUCAUAUCUGCUUUGUGCUUCUUCCAGGUGCCGUUUCAAGAUAGCGAAAGCAAGUCCGCCUCGAAGAAAAAGAAAUCCAAGAGGAAGUCGGAUGAUUCUGAUGAGGAUGAGGACAUGGAAGAUGCUACCCCUGUCGCGUCUAUUGGAGGAUUUCGACUUGCCUCGGGCAGUGAGGAGGGCAAGGUACGGGUGUGGGAUCUGAACAAGCGGAAAUCUAUAGCGUCACUCGAUUCUCAUGUCUCGGUUGUACGGAGCUUAUCGUACUCGCCUGCAGAAAAUGCAUUGCUCUCAGCGGGCCGAGACAAGACUGUCAUCGUAUGGGAUGUCCGCACUUUUAAAACUCGCAGAAUCAUUCCUGUUCUUGAAAGCGUGGAAGCGGCCGCCUUUGUUGCCGACAGCGGGCUUGCUCUAGUAGGAGGUGAAAAUGGAGUGUUGCGUGUCUGGGAUUGUAACCGGGGAGGAGAGGUAACCCAUGAGCAAGAAGCUGCUGCCGAGUUCGAGGCCAUCAUGGCAAUCCAAUACACCCCGGGGAUACCAUUCGCAAUGACCGUACAUGCUGAUCAAACCUUGAGACUUCAUUCACUUGAACCCUUGUUGGAUUUCAAGCCUGGAUCUUCGCUUGAUCCCCUACCAGUCAUAAGGCGUAUCUCGGGUAACGACGACGACAUUAUUGACCUUGCAUAUGUCGGCCCAGAUCGAUCAAUGCUGGCACUGGCUACUAACACUGAGAGUGUUAGGCUGGUUUCGGUGGGACGAUCCGAGGACAGGCCGUCUGAUAAAGAAAAGGAUUACUUUGGCGCAGAUAUCGCUCAUCUUGAAGGCCACGACGACAUCAUCAUAUGCAUUGAUGUGGAUUGGUCCGGCCACUGGCUGGCGACGGGCGCAAAAGAUAACACAGCUCGUCUUUGGUGUCUUGAUCCCAAGACGUCCACCUACACCUGCUUUGCUGCUAUGACAGGUCAUGCCGAGUCUCUGGGUGCUAUAAGUUUCCCUCGCGUCCCGCCACCGGCUAACACACCUGCACGAAAUGACCCUCUGAGCCAUCCUCCACAAUUCCUACUCACUGGUUCUCAAGACCGCACUAUUAAGCGAUGGGAUAUAGGCAAGUUGGCUCCGCUCAGCUCUUCCAAGCCGCAUACCCCAAAGGCGGUUUUCACCCGCAAAGCUCACGACAAAGAUAUUAAUGCUUUGGAUGUCAAUCCAACAUCGACUCUAUUUGCAUCUGCUUCACAAGAUCGUACUGUUAAGAUCUGGUCAGUUGAAGAAGGAUCGGUUGUAGGUAUCCUCCGCGGACACAAGAGAGGAGUCUGGUCGGCGCGAUUCUCUCCCCAUGGCACCCCCGUCAUUAGCUCCAGCGCACAGAGCAGUACAAACAGGGGUCUGAUAGUUACUGGAUCUGGCGAUAAAACUGUCAAAUUAUGGAGUUUAUCGGACUAUAGCUGUCUCCUUACUUUUGAGGGCCACACGAACAGCGUGCUCAAGGUGCUUUGGCUUCCGCCUUCAGAUUUGUCAACCAAGAAAGAUGAUGAAGAUGAAGAUGAAUCGGCGCCGGCACAAAACAAUGCCACACAGGCGCGCCCUCUCGUGGCGUCUGCAGCUGCAGAUGGUCUGGUCAAAAUCUGGUCCCCAUACACGGGAGAACUCGAGACCACACUCGAUAACCACACAGACAGAGUCUGGGCACUAGCGAGCCCGACACCCUCCGGCUCCCGUGCUGAUGUUCUCUCUUCUAGCACACAUAAUAUCUCAUCCCCAUAUGCCAUUGCCUCUGGCUCUGCGGACUCCACCGUCACAUUCUGGACUGACACUACAUCCGCGACUUACACCGCUACAGUUAGUGCGAAUGCUGCCCGUAUUGAGCAAGACCAGAAAUUGGAAAAUUAUAUCAGGGCUGGAGCGUACCGUGAAGCCAUCACACUAGCCCUCCAACUCAACCAUCCCGGAAGGCUACUCUCUCUGUUCACAGCUGCAGUAGAUGCUUCUGACGAUCCAUCCUCAACCGAUGCAGAGAAGAGCGAGCGUGCUAACAGUUUAACCGGAAACCCUGCGAUUGAUGAGGUCCUGCAGACUCUCGACUCCAAUAACCUUCGUACUCUUCUUCUUCGGUUACGUGAUUGGAACACGAAUGCUCGUACUUCCCGUGUUGCACAACGCAUCUUGUUUGCAUUAUUUAGGUCCUAUCCCGCCUCAACAUUCAUCGAGCUCGCCACAGCAAGCAUGGCAAAUCGACGCAGUGACAGUCGCACUGCAGCCGGUAUGAAGGACAUUCUGCAAGCAUUGUCCGCAUAUACAGAAAGGCAUUACCGUCGAAUCGAAGAGCUUACGGACGAAAGCUACCUUGUGGAAUGGGUUCUAGGAGAAAUGGAUGGGGGUGUAGGCCUCGGAGGCUUGGGCAUCUCUGGCGCUCGGGAUGUUACUGACAGUGCUACGGAUGAUGUACCUGAGCAUGAGAAGGACACUAUCAUGCUGGGAGCAUAA